CAAAGAGAGCAGGACGCAUCUGUGCAGCUAGUUGACUUCUUUUUUACACGUUACCUGUGUACUCUCAAAACCUCAACGUUUUUUUUUUUUUCAACAAUUCAAGGAUUAAGAGUAACAUAUACAAUACAGGAACAAUGGUUGUCAUUAUAGGGCAGAUGCUCUUCCUGCUCUUCAGUUCAUUUUGCCACUGUGACAUCGAACGCAUCUUCCCCGGUGUGUGUGAGCCCAUGCGGAUGCCACCAAAGUUUCCCUGUGACAUCAAUGUCUGCAACAACUCCAACAUCAUUUCCAACUGUAAUCAGCGGCAACUCACCAACGUUCCUUCCGGAAUACCAGGAAAUGUGACUGUUCUCGACUUAUCCAAAAAUGAUAUUUACAAUAUUACAGCUGAGUCAUUUUCCAAUCUGUUUAAUUUGACUAUACUGAAUUUGAACUUUUUGAACUACAGAAAAAACAAAGACAGGGUCAUCAUCAAUUCAAUGGCUUUCAAAAAUCUGACAAAACUGACAGCUCUGAAACUGGUUAAAACUAACCUCACUGACAUUCCUACCAACCUUCCCCCGAAUGUCAGAAAACUUGAUCUGAGCAACAACAACAUUAUGUUGCAAACCAUGAACCUCAGCAGCUUAGCAAACAUCACACAUCUGUGGCUCACAAAAAACUGCUACUCGUGGAAUCCCUGUAAGAGUUCUGUGACGGUAGAGAACAACACGUUUGCUGUAAUGACCAAGCUAAGGAUUCUGGAUUUGACGUAUAACAACUUAACCGCAGUUCCUAAAGGUUUACCUCAAUCAUUAGAGGAGCUAAGCUUAGGAUUUAACCAAAUAGCACACAUAUUUCAAGAUGAUUUCUUGGGGUUAAAGAAUUUACAAGCUCUCAAAUUUCAGGGAAACUGUCCUAGAUGUGAGAACGCACCGUUUCCCUGUGUACCUUGCAAAAACUCCUCCCUGGACAUCCACCCUCUUGCCUUCAGAAGCCUAACACAGCUGGAGCGCCUGCACCUGGGAGGAAACUCCUUACGCAGGCUGGACUCUUCCUGGUUCCAGAACCUGACAAAGCUGAAAGUGUUGUACCUUUCCUUUAACUUAUUGGAAAAGGCAAUAACUGAGGACGCACCGUGUCUGCAAUACCUCCCACAGUUAAAGAAACUCGACAUUUCUUUUAAUUAUGAACCCAAGACCUACUCAAAAACUGUGAAACUUUCACGGGACUUUUCACAUCUUCACUCACUCCAAAUUUUACAGAUGGCAGCUUUGGUGUUCCAGGAGAUUGGACCAGAAACACUCAGUUCACUGUAUGGGCUCAAAAAUCUUAGUGCACUCAACUUAGGGACGAACUUUAUUAUUAAUUUCAAUUCAUCAGUAUUUAGCAAUUUUCCACAAACCAAGAUGAUAUACCUGGCAGAAAACAGACUGUAUCCAAUGCAGAGCAGUUCCAAGGCUAUGGAAACAUCGCCUGCCUCAAUCUGUCUGCAAAUGGCUUUUCAGCAGCACUUAACGGCACAGAGUUCUCUUCCCUGCCCAACCUGACCUACCUGGAUCUGUCGUACAACAAGAUAGACCUGGUCUACGACAAUGCCUUCAAAGAACUACAGAAACUCGAAGUCCUUGAUCUCAGUUACAACUCACACUACUUUAAGUCAUACGGGAUCACGCAUAAUUUGCAUUUCAUACAAAA